AGCGCGCCGCCGGGAUCGGUUUGAAUCGGCGGCGGUAGCGGCUGGGGGGGGGGGGGGGGGGAAACGGGGCGGCCUUGGGACACCUCCCGAUUCCAGGAACACCCCCCUGAUCCUGGGGGGCACAAGGGACACCCCCGGGCUGCUGAGACACCCCCCGGCACCGGGGACACCCCCACAGGUCCGCGUGAGGAGCCCCCGCGCCCCGGCGCGGGGUCACCGGUGGGGGACCGACCGGGCCCGUCCCGGGGCCUCGUCUUCUGCCUCCGUUCUCCACAAGCGUCGUUUUGCCGAAAUUCAGGGUUUGUCGCUUCAAGACAAAGAAAAACUGGCAAUGGCAAAGCGUAAGAGAUGCAGGCAAAAAAGGAGAGCCCGGGGAAGAUUUCACCUGAAACAAAAGAGAGAUGCUGCAAAGCCCCAGGGCUCAGUUUGUCCUUCCCCACGGUCACCAGUUGAUCUCCCUCUGAACACAACACCUGUCCCAAGGUGCUCCCUCUGGCCAUCAGCCUUGCCCAGCAUAAAAGAUGUGGUAAAACCCUUGGAAUCAGCAGCAAAAAAUGUGGUAAAACCCUUGGAAUCAGCAGCAAAAAAUGUGAUAAAACCCUUGGAAUCAGCAGCAAAAAAUGUGAUAAAACCCUUGGAAUCAGCAGCAUCGUUUCUGUAUUGGUGGAGCCAGAACACAAUUGCACAGAGUUUUAGAGUGGUUAAAGACACCAUGUUUCCGUCACGAAUCUACUUAAGGGAAGUAAAUGCUUUGAGAGAGCAGCUGGAAAAGUUGGAAAGUGAAUUUUCCAAGCUCCAAGAAACACUCCAGGUGAACGGAACUGCAGCUUUGUCUCCAGAAAAUCCUCUUUGCCAAAGGUGUCACAAACCAGUCCUGGGGGGUCCUGUACAGACACAGAUGGACCUGCUGGCAUCAGUGCCUGCUCCUCCUCCUCCUCCUCCUCCUCCACCUCCUCCUCCUCCUCCCCCUCCUCCUCCACCACCACCACUGCCCCCACCAAAACUGCCUCCAGCACCUCUCCUCCUCAAACGGGGCACUGGCUCCAAGGCACCUCUGGCACCACCAGUGAAGAAGGACGGGCCGAUGCAGAUCACGCUCAAAGACCUCCUGAAUGUCAAGCUGAAGAAGACAAACAGCAACCUGAGAAUGGACAAGGCAGAAUCACCAGGGAAGCCACGCAGGGCAUUAAUUACAGUCUCAGAUCUACAGAGUAUUAGUUUGAGACCUAAAUCCAAGCCAUCAGCUCACGUCACAGAUUCCUUAAUUACUCCCCCUAAAAAUCAGAUUGAUCUUCGGAAACAUCUGAAGAAAGUCAAUAUACAAAGAAGUCCUGGUGGCACUCCUCUAAAUAAUAAAGAAAACAUUGAAUGUGGCUCUGGGUUGACACCAAUAAUGACACAGGCACUGCGACGCAAAUUCCAGAUGGCUCAUCCGAAGAGUCCCUCCCCUGCCCGGUUAAGUGCUGCAAACAGCUUUGAUGAAAAGUAAAAAGGAAAGUAGGUUUAUGGAA